AUGUCUGGCAACGCUUCCUCAACCAACGAGCUCGUGUACCGUCCAGCUGGUGACCGUCCGACCGGUUACCAGGUCAACGACUUCGAGGCCUAUGCUGAUGGCAGCAUGAUCACCCAUUGGCGCACAUAUAAGGGUAGAAGCCCAAACUUCGUCCACGACAGGGACGUCGCUACUGUGGUAAAAAUCAGCAACGCUAUCGAUCUGGUCGAGAAUAACAUCAACGCGAUAGACCAGAUUGUCUGGGGCGUAACGCACCGUGACGACUGCCAUCCCGGUGUCGAGUCCAUCGUUAACAACGCAGCCUUGGUCGACCUCCUACUAGUCCGCCACUACAAGAAGUGGGGCGGUCUCGUUCUGCCACCCCUUCAAGCAGCCCGAGGGCUACAAGAUGCCCAUGAGGUGGUCGCCGAACAAGAGAAGCAGCGAGGAAUGACUUGGGCAUCUGGUCGUUCGCUGAUGAAAUAUCCCAACUGGUAA